UAAGGUGCAAUUGCUGCUACUUUCCCUAUUUGUGGUGUCAUACAGUUCGUACAAAGUAAACUUUACGACUCUUCUCAACCGAUAGCUUCGCCUCGGGCAAAGUUCUAUGCUAAGCUUCCGAGGAAGAUGAUCCACCGACACCAACUUUUAGUGGUCGUAUUAGCAGCAUGUUUGCCCUACUGGACUCCGGCGAAUGCGUGGGCACGGCCAGAGGAAGAGGGCGCCGCGAGUCCUCUCCAGCGGGACAGCCAGGGAUUGGAGUGCGCCGAGUGUGGUAAGCAAGAGCAAAGUUUAAUUAUUUCAAGACGUCGAGCGCUGACCAAAGUUUGUCUUGUGUUGCCAGUUUGUGGAGGUGUGACCUCCCCGGGAACGCGCGUCGUCGGUGGCAAUUCGAGCGACCUGAGUGCCUUUCCCUGGAUGGCGUCGCUGUUCCAGAAGGGGGUGUUCAGCUGCGGGGCCAGUUUGAUCAACGACCGGUACGUUCUGACGGCGGCACAUUGCGUGGCACGGGCGGACGCCAGGGAGUUUGAGGUUUUCCUGAGGAGGCCCAGCAUUACGGUGGGGAAUCCAGAAAUGAUCCACCGGCGGGGCCAUUCCAUCACGCUGAACCACUACCAGGGCAUACGCAUCAAUAACGACGUGGCACUGAUCCGGCUGGCCGAACCCGUCCCCCUCGGUCCGGAUGUAAUUCCGGUGUGUCUACCGACGGGAACGGACAGCUAUCAGGGUCAAAAGGCCACCGUGACCGGUUGGGGAACGACCGAGAGUGGGGAGUUGUCCGAUACACUGCAGCAGUUGACGGUGCCGAUUCUGUCCAACCAGGAGUGCAAACGGGCUGGCUACUUCCGGUUUCAGAUCACAAACCGGAUGCUGUGCGCUGGGUUUCUCGAGGGAGGAAAGGAUUCGUGUCAAGGUGACAGCGGUGGUCCGUUGCAGCUGCGUAAUCCGACCACGGGCCGGUACGACAUCAUCGGCGUGGUGUCCUGGGGAAAGGCUUGUGCCCAGCGCAACUAUCCCGGAGUUUACGCCCGGGUCACCAAGUUUGUCGCCUGGGUUCGGUCCACCGCGCGGGAUGCCUGCUGGUGCCAGCAAUGAUUGCGGGGAGACACAACAAUAUGGUCCUGUUUUUCGUUGGAAACGUGCGCACGGCCGUAAUUAUGAUGAAGUUAGGACGACGUCUGUG